AUGAGGUUUUUAUUCUUGGCCCUGGCCAUACUGGCGGCCACCGAAGCUCAUAGGGUAUAUGAUCAUCCCAGUUUACCCAGGCAAAGAAAUUUGAAAGUUGCUGAUGAGGAGAAGACAACAGAGUUUUGGAUGAAUAAGGCUCAGCAUAUAUUGGCUCACAAGUUACAAAAUCUCAAUGAAUUGAAUACUCGCAAAGCCAAGAAUGUGAUUUUAUUUAUGGGCGAUGGCAUGUCGGUCCACACCAUAACCGCUGUUCGCAAUUUUAUGGGAGACAGCAGCAAGCAGGUGUCUUUCGAGAAAUUUCCCUAUACAGGACUUUCACGAACAUAUGCAGUGGAUAAAAGAACUCCCGAUUCUGCCAAUACAGCAACGGCUUAUUUGAAUGGUGUUAAGGGCAAUUAUGGCACCAUAGGAGUGAAUGCUCAAGUGCGGGAAGGUGAUUGCUUUAAGGGCAAUGACACUUCGACCCACACGGAAAGCAUAGCCAAAUGGGCUCAGGAUGCUGGAAAAUGGGCAGGCUUGGUGACCACAGCCAGAGUUACACAUGCCUCCCCAGCAGGAGUUUAUGCUCAUACCGCUUUUCGUGAAUGGGAAUAUGAUGCAGCGGUUACUUAUGAUGGCUGCAGUCCGGAUAUUAAUGUGGAUAUUGCCCGCCAAUUGGUGGAAUGGCCAGUGGGCAAGGAACUAAGAGUGGUGCUAGGCGGAGGUCGCCAGAAUUUCCGUGAUCAGUCUGUGAAUGAUGAAGAAGGUUCGCCUGGCUAUCGCUCUGACAAAAGAGAUCUUAUACGUGAGUGGUUGGACACCAAGGCCAAAGAAAAUAAGACUGCCCACUAUGUGUGGUCCAAAAAAGGUUUGGAAAUGUUGGACUUGGAUAAAAGUGAAUAUCUUUUGGGUUUAUUUAGCCCCUCACAUUGUCCCUACCAUGGCGAGCUGGAGAGAAAACAUUUACAAGAUGCAGAUCCUUCUCUCAGCACCAUGACAGAGGCUGCCAUUAAAAUGCUUAGCAAAAGUGAAAAUGGUUACUUUUUGUUUGUUGAAGGAGCGCUCAUAGAUAUGGCGCAUCAUGAAUCACAGGCACAUAUGGCCUUGGAGGAUACCGCAGAAUUUGCCAGGGCGGUAGAAUUGGCACGCAAUAUGACCAGUGAAGAGGAUACCUUGAUUGUGGUGACUUCGGAUCAUUCACACACCAUGACCAUAAAUGGUUAUCCUAAUCGCAAUGCCAACAUUUUCAAAUUAGCUCCUGAAAUGGCUGAUGAUGGCUUGCCUUAUAACGUCUUAUCCUAUGCCAAUGGUCCAGGCUACGCCAACACCUUCUCCUCCACAGAAGGUCGCAGAAAUUUAGCUUUAGAUAAUUAUAUGGAUCCUGAGUACAGAUUUAUGGCCACCACACCCAUGGAAUAUGAGACACAUGGUGCUGAUGAUGUUGGCGUAUUUGCUUCGGGUCCUUAUGCCCACUAUUUCACGGGCAACUAUGAGCAGAGUAAUAUACCUGCCUUAAUGGCCCAUAUUGCCGAUAUUGGUCCAUUCGCCGAUGAUAAGCUGUGA